AGAGGUGUGGGCAGCAGUGGGUGCGAUCAUGUGGAAAAUCUGGAAGUGCAGAAAUGAUGAGGUUUUUAAUAGCAAGGGAUGGAGACCGGAUGUAGCGUGUAGGUCUGCGGUCUUAGAAGCAACGGAAUUCUUGGAGGCAAACCGUGAACUGAAUGUGAGUAGGGGUCGCUUGCAAGCAUUACCUGCAGAACAUUACAACAUAUGGGAAAAACCCAUGCGAGGGUGGUUUAAGAUCAACUUUGAUGGAGGUCUGGACAACCGGAGCAAGUCGAGUGGUGUGGGUAUCAUUAUAAGGGAUGAAUUUGGGAUUUUCCGAGCAGCCAGAGCAAUUUAUUAUGGGAAUUUGAUGAGUCCAGUGGUGAUAGAAGCUUUGGCAGCAAGGGAUGGUCUUUUAUUUGCAAGGGAAAUGGGUUUAAGAUAUAUCCAACUAGAAGGUGAUUCGCAACAGAUUAUUAAUCUUAUCCAAAAGAAGGAAGACAGCAACAUAGAAGUUGGGGUGAUCAUUGCCGAUGUGAACAAAUUGAGGGAUUCGUUUGAAGGAUCAAAAGUGAGUUUUGUUAGGAGAGUUGGCAAUUCGGUGGCGCACUUAGUGGCCAAGAAUGCUGCGAGAGGGAGUGGGAUUCGUACUUGGGAAUAUUAUCCCCUUGGCUUUACUCCUCCCUUUAUGAGGAUAAGGGCCCAAACUGAUGUAUUGAUCGAUUUCUUGAUAAUAAUAUUAUCCUAAUCUUUGACCAAAAAAAAUAA